CAAAAGCUACAUAUCUGCAACCUGAUGCGCUCAUAUCUGCCGAGUUCUCACCAUCGCUCUAAACCAUUACAGCGGUCUUCUUUAUUGAACCAUCGGUCUGUGGCAUCCUUGUCUUCCGUCUUGCGGGGCCUGGGAGCGCGUAGCGAGGGGCCGCGAGGCCGCCUUGCCUCCGUGCCACAGGCUGUGAUGGCACAACGAUAUUCGAAGGCAUACCGCAGCAAGGACGGUGCCCCGUCUGUGGCCCGUGUGCAUUCGGACGUCUGCGAGAAGGCCCCUCCAGAAUACAGUGCUUAUGAACAGUUAAAAAUAAGCUGGGGUGAUCAAGACAACUAUGAGGUGGUUCGCAAGGUUGGGCGGGGCAAAUACAGCGAGGUGUUUGAGGGCGUCAACGUCGUAAAUGGCGCAAAGUGUAUCAUAAAGAUACUCAAGCCCGUCAAGAAGAAGAAGGUCCUGCGCGAGAUUAAAAUCCUGCAGAACAUCACAGGAGGCCCCUGCAUCAUCAAGCUCCUGGACGUGGUGCGUGAUCCCGAGUCGAAGACCCCCAGCCUCAUCUUCGAAUACGUCAACAACCAGGACUUCAAGGUGCUGUACCCCACCCUCACCGACAUAGACAUCCGCUUCUACAUGUACGAGCUGCUUAAGGCCUUGGACUACGCACAUGCGCACGGCAUUAUGCACCGCGACGUGAAACCGCACAAUGUCAUGAUCGACCACACCAAGCGCCAGCUCCGGCUCAUAGACUGGGGCCUAGCGGAGUUCUAUCACCCGGGUCGCGAGUACAAUGUGCGUGUAGCGUCCAGGUACUACAAGGGGCCGGAGCUGCUGGUGGACUUACAGAUCUACGAUUACUCUCUGGACAUGUGGAGCCUGGGCUGCAUGCUGGCCGCAAUCAUCUUCAGGAAGGAUCCAUUCUUCUGCGGCCACGACAACUACGACCAGCUGGUCAAGAUUGCUCGAGUGCUCGGUACUGAAGAUCUGUACGCGUAUCUGCAAAAGUACGGUAUUGUACUGGAUCCGCAAUUGGAGGCACUGGUGGGCACACACUCGAAGAAGCCUUGGAGCCGCUUUGUAAACGCAGACAAUCAGCACCUGGUGUCUCCGGAGGCUAUUGACUUCAUCGACAAGCUUCUGCGCUACGACCACCAGGAGAGGCUCACGUGCACCGAGGCGCAGGCGCAUCCCUACCUGUUGCCUAUCCGGGCAGCGGAGGCAGCUAACGCUGUGGGUGGCAGCGGCAGCGGCUAGGGAAUGCUCGUAGGGGACGUAGGUCGAGGGUCUUUAGGUGUGCGCGUGUGUGGUGUUGUCAGCAGAGAGGCAUGCAUAUGUGCUGUUUCGGGUGGUUGCAAUUGCUGGUGUCUGUCUGCAUUGCGUCAUGGGAACUUCAGAGGUGAACGCGACAACGGCGCAGCGGAAAGGUGUCCAGGGGUGAAUAGGUCGGAUGGCAGGAAAAAGGCGGUCAUGGGUGGUGCCAGGGUCCAGAUGCCACGGUAUGGGCUUUGAGCCCGUGCCUGGCCACUUUUGCUACGACUCAUGGUACUUUACGUUGCCCGGAGCUCACACCGUGGUCGAGGCUAGAGCCGAAGUGCGGAUGCAACAUGGUUCAACUCACCAGCGCAGCUGACUCGAGAUGGCAAGGAUAGUGUAGUGUGCACUUAGGUCAGUGAAAAUGCAAGAUUGGUGACACGCAAGAUGUGUGCAUGAUGGACUUCUUGGGUUUGAUGGCUCUGCAGCACUACGGCCUUGGGCCACUGUAGUUUGCAGAUGUGGCUUGCCUGGAGCUGCACCUGAGAGAAGAGGGCCAGGCGGUCCAGCGGGGUCUAGCUCGAAUUGCUGUCCGCCACAGGGCACUUGGAUUCGUGUGCAGACUGGGCCCGGCAACCAGUGGGAUUACGGCAUGCUAUUUGCUGCAAGGCUUACCCUGGCGUCGCUGCGCAAGCGAGUGUCUUGUCUGCGCUUUGUUAAGAGCAGUGCACAUCGAUGUGGUGGGUAGUAAGGAAGAAGUCAACUCAUGGGCAGCAAUCCGUACGUCGCACAGCGUUCUGUGUGUCGUGCCGUCGCUCUCACCCAUGGCAGAUGCAGGGGAUAUUGCCCGUGCGUUUGCUGCUGCAGUUCGGCUGCUGUUCCGGGAAAUCGGGGUGCAGGGAAAGUGCCGAUCCCAUGAGGCUCCAAACGGGACUGUGUACGUGUCUUGGC